UCUUCCACCUUAGCUUCUUAUAAUACUUGGUCUUUGGUAUCUUCACACCCAGAGAGAGUAUGGGCAGAACUGGUGUAAAAUUGCCUGGUUUCUGUCUAAACAAGAUCAGACCUCACGUUAGAGUCCGGUCGCCACCCGUUGAAUCAAACCCACCUACUCAUCAGCUCAACACAGUCACUCAUCAUACAGAAAAUAAAACCAGUCGUGAAGAUGAUGGAUCAAAACCUGGUCAGUCCACAUUGCUUGGAAGGAAGAUCAUGAUUGUUGUUAAUUCCAGCCCCGAGUCAAAGACUGCUUUGCAAUGGACACUCUCUCAUGGUGUUCAGAACCAGGAUAAACUCAUCCUUCUUCACGUGACUAAGCCUUCUAAACUAGUCUCAGGUGAGGAAUCUGGCAAGAAGACAGAUCCCAGGGCUUAUCAACUUGUUCAUUCUUUGAAGAAAAUGUGUCAAUCCCAAAAACCGGAGGUUGAGAUUGAAGUUGCAGUGGUGGAAGGGAAGGAGAAGGGUCCAACAAUAGUGGAAGAAGCCAGAAAACAAGGAGUAUCACUUCUGGUUCUCGGUCAGAAAAAGAGAUCCAUGACAUGGCGUUUAAUAAUGAUGUGGGCGGCAAACCGGGUAGCGGCAGGCAGCAGUGAUAUGGUGGAAUACUGCAUACAAAAUGCAGAUUGUAUGGCAAUUGCAGUGCGGAGGAAAAGCAAGAAACUUGGAGGGUAUUUGAUCACCACUAAACGUCACAAAGAUUUCUGGCUCUUGGCUUGAUCACUUGAACAUAAUCAAAAGAAAAAUUAAUUGAGUGAAUAAAACUUUGGGAGCUUUUUCUGGUUAAUUUAUGUGAUUGUGCUCUUCUAUUAACUAAUAUUGUUUGUACAUGGUGGGUAAAGUAAAA